CAUUCUGCUGAUUUGCUAGACCCAGCGCUGGCUGGACACGCUGAAUGUAAAUCUGGCCGCAAACAACGUCUCAUUCUUUCUCUGUGUGGCUGUGAACCCAGCGAGGUGAGCUUGGCACAGGCGCUGGACUGUCUAGCUUUGAGCGCAGUUUGCAGACACACUGCGAGGGAGCCGUGCUGGAAUAUUAUAUUCAGAGGUGAAGUCAGAACCGAAGGAGAAAGGGCGAAACCUUCCUACAUCCUGAGCUUUUCUUCUGUCUCUCUCUCUCUCUCUCUCUCUCUCUGGACGCAAAGACUUGGGCAAAAUGGUUUUCCCGAAAUCCCAGUGACUGCGAUGUCAGCAUCUCUCAUCUACCGCUUGUGGAACACAGACUGAAGAAAUACACGUACUGCGAGGAGGGACAAAACACGUUAUUCGGGUCAAGUGUUUUUCUCUUCGAGGGAGCAGCCGUUCACUCACGGCGCACUGGAUUCAAGUAACACCCGCCCCUGGCAGCUGAAGAUGACGUUACUAUGGAAACAGUUUUUGCUGCUAUCAAUCAUGGAGUAUCUUGCAGAGUGUCUGGAUUAUAAGUCUUUUAAUGGCCCGAAAUGGCGAAUGGAGCCCAGUGAUCUGACAGUGGGUUCACUGGAGGAAGAGGCUACGCUGACCUGUGACGCAAAAGGCAUUCCUACCCCUCAGUACAGGUGGUCUCUGAACGGCACAUUGAUUAAUCUCAGUACUGAUUCCCGUCGGCGGCUAUCUGGGGGGAAUUUGGUCAUUAGAAGUCUGGACCGGGCCCAGGAUGGAGGAAUAUACCAGUGCACUGCCUUCAACCCACAGGGAGCAAUUCUUAGCAGAAGAUCUAGCCUCCAGUUUGCAUACUUGAAUUUAAAAACUCAAACAAAAAGCGCUGUCUCUGUGCGAGAAGGCCAGGGGGUUGUUUUACUUUGUGGUACACCAUCAUAUGCAGGAGAUCUCUCAUUUGCAUGGGUCUUUAACGAGUACCCUUACUUUGUUCAGCAAGACAAUCGUCGCUUUGUCUCUCAGGAGACGGGAAACCUUUACAUCGCCAAAGUGGAGCCUUCGGAUGUGGGUAACUACACGUGCGUGGUGGUAAACCGCAUCACUAAAGGCAAAGUCCUCAGCUCCCCGACCCCUCUGGUACUACGAACGGAUGGCGUAAUGGGUGAAUAUGAGCCGAAAAUAGAGGUUCAUUUCUCUGACAUGGUUCCGGCUGCAAAGGGAUCAGUUGUGACACUGGAGUGUUUUGCUUUGGGGAACCCAGUUCCAGAGAUAACGUGGAGGAGAGCGAAUGGAGUGCCGUUUCCCAGCAAGGUGAAGAUGAAGAACUCAAAUGUAGUCCUGGAGAUUCCCAGUUUCCAGCAGGAGGACGCCGGAGGCUAUGAAUGUGUGGCAGAGAAUAAAAUGGGAAAAAACACUGUGCAAGGACGACUGUCUUUCCACGCAAAACCUCAGUGGGUUCAGACGAUGCGAGACAACGCUUUGUCAAUUGAUGAGAGAUUGUUUUGGGAGUGUAAGGCCAAUGGCAAGCCCAAGCCUUCAUACAGCUGGCUGAAGAAUGGAGAACUGCUGGCAGCCGAGGACAGGAUACAGAUCGAGAACGGAGCCCUGACAAUCAGCUCUGUAAACCUCUCCGACGCUGGCAUGUAUCAGUGCGUCGCUGAGAACAAACACGGAAUCAUUUAUUUUGGUGCUGAGCUGGUGGUGUUGGCCUCGCCCCCAGACUUUUCCAGAAGCCCCCUCAGAGCUCUGCUUAAAGCCAAGACGGGCAGCACAGUCACCAUGGAGUGCAGACCGCAGGCCUUUCCCACAGCAGCCAGCCUGUGGAGGAAAGGCAAUGAACCGCUGCAGAGCACCGAGAGGAUAACUUUUCUCCCUGAUGGAACACUUAGAAUUACAAAUGUGACCAAGAUGGACGGGGGAAACUAUGCAUGCUUGGCUAGAAACCAGUUUGGUGCGGCCAGCACUACGGGAAGACUGCUGGUCACAGAUCCCACACAAAUCACCCAGGGUCCAGUGGACAUGGAGAUCAUCGUCGGGGAGAGCAUUGUACUGCCCUGCCAGAUCUCCUGUGACCCUGCUCUGGAUGUUUCAUUCUCCUGGGCCUUCAAUGGGCAGCUCCUCAAUAAACUGGACCAGCAUUAUGAGCAUGUGGGAGGGAGUACAUCUGGAGAUUUGAUGAUACGGAAUAUACAGCUGAAACACGCCGGAAAGUACGUCUGCGUGGUCGACACGGAUGUCGAGAGUUUAUCGGCUGCGGCUAUUUUAAUCGUGAAAGGUCCCCCAGGAGCUCCAGAUGGUGUAACAGUGGAGGAGAUCACGGACAGCACGGCUCAGCUUUCUUGGAGACCCGGCCAGGAUAAUGGCAGCCCCAUCACAAGCUAUAUCAUCCAGGCCAAGACAGCUUUCACAGUGGGCUGGCAAGCGGUGAACACGGUCCCGGAGGUGAUUGAUGGCAACACCUUGACGGCAACGGUGGUGGAUCUGAACGCAUGGGUGGAGUAUGAGUUCAGAGUGCUGGCCAGAAACAGCGUUGGCGUGGGGGAACCGAGUCCCGCAUCUCUUAAAACAAGAACUGAAGAUGCAGUUCCUGACACGGCCCCCACCGAUGUCGGAGGUGGGGGUGGCUCCAAGUCAGAGUUGGUAAUAACAUGGGAGCCUGUGCCUGAAGACCUACAAAACGGAGAUGGUUUCGGCUACAUCAUCGCUUUCCGGCCGCUGGGAGAGGUCAACUGGACACAGGCCGUCACCUCCGUACCGGCUCAGUCCCGUUACGUGUGCCGAAACGAGAGCAUCCUGCCCUUUUCUCCAUUUAGUGUCAAAGUGGGCGCCUACAACACCAAAGGCCAGGGACCGUUCAGCCCCGUUACCAUUGUGUUCUCAGCCGAGAACGAGCCCAGUGGCGUUCCAGACGGCGUGUGGGCCAGAAGCAUUUCUGCCACUGAAAUUGAAGUGAACUGGCACAUUCUCAGCACUUCCCCAGAAAGAGUGUUGGGCUAUGAGGUGGUGUACUGGGAGGAUGAUACAAAACCAGAGACCAUGGGCAAAGUCAGAGUGUCUGCCAAUCAGAACAAGGUUAACAUCAGUAGUCUGAGAGGAUACACUCAGUAUUUCCUGACAGUGAGCGCUUUCAACACGGCGGGCACUGGCCCUCUUUCUCCUACUAUCAAUGUGACCACCAAGAAGUCCCCACCCGGGCAGCCACCUUUGAACGUGGAGUGGAACCUGAUUGGCUCGAAGCUCACUGUUCAUUGGGAGCCUGUCAUUUCUCUGGAGAUGGAGUCAGAUGUUACUGGGUAUCAGGUGACUUACAGAAGAAACCGGCAUAAAGAAAUGAACUCAAUAACAACAAAUCUGACCUCAGUGGAGCUCACCCUACCUGCAGAUGACGAUUACAUCAUUCAGAUACGAGCGCUGAGCGACGGCGGGGAAGGCAUGCCAACCGAACCCAUCAACAUACAUAAACUUAGUAUGAGCGUACGAGGGUCCAGAGCCUGGCGGCCCAACACCAUCCCAGCCUCCUUGCUUUCUAUCAUCGCAUUAUCGACACUGCAACCGGCUUUGUGUUAACAGUCUGAAGGAUCGAACGUCCUCUGACCGGUGUGAUUGCCCGUGCUCUUCCUCGCAGUGGAAUCGCUGGAGAGGUGCACCAAAACACUUCUGAGGCAAGAUUAUUGAUCCAUCUCUCCGUAGUUAUCUGAGGCAAUGCCCAGCGAACCGUUUGAGGAGCGUAACGGGAAAACGUCAGCACCACGGUGGUCGGAUUUCGUGUGCAUGUUAUGUACUGUGUAUCAUUGUCUCUUUGCAAGUGAUCCGAGACCCUAACAAGGUUUCAGAUGAAGGUUUUUGCAGCAAACCGGUGUAUGAGGUGGGAUGAGUCAUAUUACUGCACUAAGAUUCCAUCUUCUCAUUGAUCCCUAAGAACAAAUGCCUUACUUCCAUGUACAUGCCAAAGUAGUUAACGUUCUUUUGCUUUGUACUAAGCUUCUGUUGGGUAAAAUUGUGAUUGUUUUGUAAUUAUCACAUCAUUAAUUUAAGGAUUGGUUGACCCAAAAAUCAUUUACUUACUCUCAUGUUGUUGCCAUGUGACUUUUGUUUUUCUGUGGGACACAAAAGAAGGAAUUUUGGGUGCUGGGCGCUCAUUCCCACGCAACUAUAACGAAUGGAGAUGGAGGGCCCUAUUUUAAGGAUCUAAGAGCAUGUUC